AUGACGCCCGGCAAACAUUCCCGAGCCUCAGCUAGAGCCGCUAACGCCGAGGGUUGGGGACAGGGACUCCAGAAGCAGCCAGGGAAGGGGUGGCCCACCACUCCACAGCCUGUCGCAACCAUGCCUAUCUCUCCAGCAAACAGCCGCAAGCAGCAGAACCUCUGGUUGAGCACUGGCCCACAGCCAAAGAAGUCUAUUAGCUUUAUCAGCACAGUAAAAGGGACCCAAACAAAAGGAUAUAGUGGUGCAAACCAAAGCAGAAUGGCUCUGUCAAAAACCUUGACAAUUGCACCUGAGAUAAAAGCAGAAAAAAUGAGUAUUUCUACCCCAAGGACAGUCAUACAGAACCACAAAGUUGGAGGUCUCACACCUCCUGAUUUCAAAACUUACUAUGAAACUGUAGUAAUCAAUGUAGCGUCAGUUUUAGGAAGCAGCAUAGUUUCUAAGUCAAGUGUAUCUACUACUGAAUCAAUAGCAGAAGACCUAGAAGAACCAUCCUAUAAACGAGAAAAAUUGACUAGUUUUACAGAUUUACGAGUUGUGAGGGCAACACCUGGAAAAAUUGUAACAAAAGAAGACCUAGAAAAGACUAUAGAGAUAAUACUCACAGAGACGGAAACACUGAGAUUUUUUAACCUACCGACAGUCAUGGUUUCUGUAGAAUCUGAAGAAGCUAUGAAAGUAAGGUGGAGAAACAAGAAUUAUGAGACCCUUUGUAGAAAUAGAUUAGGCAAUGAUUUAUAUGCUGAAAGGAUGAUGCAGACUAUUAAUGGAGCACCAAAGAAUAAAGAUGUUCAGUGUGACAAAAUCGUAAAAGAAGACAAAGGUAUAAUGUCCACUGCUUGGGAUUUGCAUGAUUCUUAUAUUGCUAUGGAGCUUUCAUCUUUACCAGCAAAACAAUCUAUCCUUGAUUCAUGUGGUAAAGCAAAUGUACCUUCUAAAGAUCGAGAGCAAAGAGUGCCGGGGAGUACUACAGAAAAAGAUAGUGAAGCUAGUUCUUUAAUGGAUAUAGAAAAUGUAAUUUUGACUAAAGUCCAUGAUGAUGAAGUAGACCACUCAGAGACAAUAUUGAAAUCUGACAAGUUUCAUCAGGAUUUAUUUUUUAUGGAACGAGUUCUAAUGGAAAAUAUAUUUCAACCAAAACUUGCAGCUUAUCGUCAGCUUCCUAUUUUAAAAGAACCAGAACCUGAAAAACCUGAAGACUUUCAAGAAGGUGAAAAACUUGAAAAUACGGAGGAAGAGGGUCAGAAGGAAGAGGAAGAAGAAAUAGAAAUAAGUACAGGACAAUCAACAAUACCAGCCAAUUUAGAACGACUUUGGUCCUUUUCCUGUGACUUAACCAAAGGCCUUAAUGUGAGCAGCCUUGCCUGGAAUAGAACAAAUCCUGACCUUUUGGCUGUUGGCUAUGGGCACUUUGGAUUUAGAGAGCAAAAAAGAGGAUUGGCUUGCUGCUGGUCAAUAAAGAAUCCUAUGUGGCCAGAACGUAUUUAUCAGAGUCCAUAUGGAGUUACUGCUGUGGAUUUCUCCAUUGGAGCACCUAAUCUUUUAGCAGUUGGCUAUCACAAUGGUACCAUUGCAAUUUAUAAUGUACAGAGCAACAGUAAUGUUCCUGUUCUGGAUAGUAGUGAAUCACCUCGAAAACAUUUGGGACCUGUAUGGCAACUACAGUGGAUAGAACAAGAUCGAGGUACAACAGGGGAUGACAAAAGAGAAAUACUAGUUUCUAUAUCAGCAGAUGGAAGAAUCUCCAAAUGGGUUAUACGGAAAGGACUGGACUGUCAUGAUUUGAUGCGUUUGAAGCGAACUACUUCUAGCAGCAGCAAAAAGGGAGGGGAAAAAGAAAAGAAAGGUGAAGCUCUGAUAUCUCGACAGGCCCCUGGAAUGUGUUUUGCUUUUCAUCCUAAGGAUACAAAUAUCUAUUUGGCUGGCACCGAAGAGGGUCAUAUUCACAAAUGUUCUUGUUCAUAUAAUGAACAAUACCUAGAAACCUACAGAGGACAUAAGGGUCCAGUGUAUAAAAUAGCAUGGAAUCCAUUUUGUCAUGAUGUGUUCUUAAGCUGUUCUGCAGAUUGGGGUGUUAUUAUAUGGCAACAGGAGAAUCCCAAGCCAUUUUUGAGUUUUUAUCCAACUACUUAUGUUGUUUAUGAUGUUGCCUGGUCUCCAAAAUCAGCCUAUAUAUUUGCAGCCGCGAACGAGAGCAGAGUAGAGAUUUGGCACCUUCACAUCAGCACUUUGGAUCCUCUGAUUGUGCAUGUUGCUAACCCCGGAAUCAAGUUCACAACUGUCCUCUUUGCCAAACAAACAGAUUGCCUUCUGGUGGGUGAUAGUGAUGGACAGGUUGGUGUGUAUGAACUGAGAAAUAUGCCUGCUGCUUUGGAUUCUGGCUGGGGAGAUGUAAUAGAUAUUUUGAUUGGAUCCAAGUCAAAACAACCAGGAUAA